AUGCCUCCAAAGACCCGCCACGGCGCACAGAGCUCAAAGAACAGGCUCGCGUUUCGCGACAGGCUUGCGGGAAAGGGUAUCACUGCAGAUACUUUGCUCAAGAAACUCCAGACUCUUCAUACACAGCUAGCAGCACUCGAUCAGGACAAUGUUGACGUCGCAUCUCUUAGCACCGCGCGCACAGAACUCAUCGACAGGUCUUUGCUACUCCACAAAGAGCGCGGAGUCAAGGCGUAUACCGCCUGCUGUUUGGCAGAUAUCCUUCGACUAUACGCCCCGGAGGCACCUUAUACCCAAAAUGAGCUCCGCGAUAUCUUUCAAUUCUUUUUUCGACAAUUAUCUGCCGGACUGAAGGGGCAGGAAGAACCAUACUUCAAUGAAUACUUCCACCUUUUGGAAUCUUUAUCCACGGUCAAGAGUGUUGUUCUCGUGUGCGACCUACCUUCAGCAGAUGAACUAUUGCACGAUAUAUUCAAAGACUUAUUCAACAUUGUCAAACGCGAUCUACCCAGCAAAGUCGAGAGAUUCAUAGCGGAUAUCUUAGCGGCACUCAUUGAUGAGUGCUCAUCAUUUCCCGCCGAUGCGUUGGAGGUUUUAAUGGCGCAGUUUAUUGAGAAGAACGCGCGACCCGAGCAACCUGGUUACCGUCUUGCUACCCAAGUUUGCAAUGCUGCCGCAGACAAAUUGCAAAGGCACGUAUGCCAGUACUUUGGCGACCUCGUCACGUCAACAUCAGAAGAAGACGCAGAAGAGGACCUGGAUAACAUGCGUACCAGCCAUGAACUUGUGAAACGACUGCAUCGAUCAUGUCCCGCAGUGCUCCACAGUGUUAUCCCCAUUCUAGAAACCGAAUUGCGCGCCGAUGGUUUGAACGCUCGACUUAUUGCAACGCAGACAUUGGGAGAAAUGUAUGCAGAUAAAGGCGGGCCUGAACUCGUUCGGAAAUACCCAAGUACAUGGCAGGCUUGGAUUAAUAGGAAGUCAGAUAUAUCCGUUGCUGUAAGGCUGAAGUGCGUGGAAGCUGUUCCAGCACUGUUGGCUAAACUACCAGAAUCCCGCGAGAGUCUGGACGAAUUGUUGAAAGCCAAAAUCUACGACCCCGAUGAGAAGGUUAGAACGGCCGCAUGCAAGGUCUACUUCCACCUCGACUACGAAUCAGCUUUACAUCACGUUUCGGAGGAACAGCUUCAUAGAGUCGUUGAAAGAGGGUUGGAUAAAAAGGCUUCCGUUCGAACACAAGCUCUCAACAGCAUAGGGAGACUCUAUAGCCUCGCCUAUCCCGAAAUCGAAAACAAUGAACCCAUGGCGGUCAAACAGUUCCGAUGGAUUCCUGAAGAGGUACUUUCAAUAGCAACUACUACUGAGACAAGAGGUUUGGUCGAGCAAGUGCUGUUCGACUAUAUCCUUCCCCUUCCCUCAAUAUCCACUUCUUCAGCAACACGGGAAAAAGAUGUCGACGAAGUUGCAUGGACCGAUCGGCUUUUAAGCGUAAUGAGAACGCUUACUCCGAAGACAUCAACCUUGCUCUUAAGUCUGUCUGGCUUAAAAACUUCUCGGCCUAACGUAUACGAUCAUUACCUGGAAAGCUGUGUGAAGAAUAACGGAGGUAUCAUCGAUAAGGAUGAAGAAAUCAUCGUCAAUAGACUGAAGAACACAAGCCAGUACCUUGCGGCUUCUUUCGUUGAUACCUUCAAGGCAAACGAAGAUUUAUUAGCGUUCGCGAAACUUAACGAAAACCGACUAUUUAAACUGCUAAAAACAUGCAUGGAUCCACAGACGGAUUUGAAAACCUUGAUCAAAUCCUCGAACGAAUUCCUCAAAAGACUUGAACAGCUUUCACCCUCCAUCGUUCCCACAAUGACAGCAAUCCUUCGCCGGUCAAGCUAUGGUAUCGUUAACCAAUCAUCCAUACCAACUCUUUUCAAGCGAUUGGAGAAAGGGAACCAGGAAGGCGCGAGCGGUAAGGCCCGAUACGCUGCAAACAACGCGCAAUCAAUUCUUCUGGCUAUAUCAAAACACUGCCCAGCGCUGUUCAAAUCCCACAUCGCGGAGUUGAGCAAGGCGAUCGCUGAUGAAUCCAAGACACAGCUGGUGGAAGUUGCUUUGAUGGCGCUGGCUAACGUAGUCAAGUGGGAUGAAAAAUUGGGUGCAUCAGUAGACAAGAAAACCAAUGAGCGCAUAGUCAAACUGGCUUUGAGUUCAAAUUGGCGGCACGCAAAAUUCGCUGCGAGGUACUUGGCAUUUUCAAAGAACAAGAAUACCAGUUGUUCUCAGGUCAUAGAAUCAAUAGCAACAAACAUCGAGUCAGAUGAACCAGAGUUACCUGUAGCUCAAAUCGCUGCUCUUGUUCAACUCGUCAAAUUUGCGCCUGAUGCGUUUGAACAAAAGAGUGAUGUUAUCAUUACAUAUCUCAUCAAGCGCGUAUUGAUGGUACCCAGCCCGGCAGAUCCUAAUGAGGAGGAUUCGGAAGAAGAAUGGAUUGAGAAUGAUGAAAUUCCAGACGAAUUGCGUGCUAAAGUGUUGGCUGUAAAAGUCUGCAGAAACAGAUGUCUCUCACACGCAGCAUCAGAGCAGGCCCUGGAAAUUGCUACACCCGUGCUCAAGUUACUCGCAACGCUGCUUGAACACGACGGUUCAUUAAGCCUACAAGUUGAAGAGAACCCAAAAUUCAAGUCUCGUCUGCGUCUUCAAGCUGCGAUUUCUUUACUUCACCUGUGCACAAUAGAAACAUUCUCCACCGCCAUUUCUCCCAAGUUUGUGCGCCUUGCUUGUGUUAUCCAGGACUCUUGCUUCAACGUGCGCUUAGCGUUCCUGACCAAACUCAUCAGUUUCCUUCAUCCUCGCAAACUUUCACCUCGGUUCAACGUGAUACCUAUGCUUACCGUUCUUGAUCCCGAGCCUGAUACCAAAACUAUGGCUGCACAAUACGUCGAAAACAUAAAAAGGCGGAUGACUAAGGAAAUUAUCUUUAUUCGCUUGCUGCAUCUUCUUGCUCAUCAUCCCGACUUCGGCACUUCGCAAGACGAGCUUCUGGAUAUGGCCACAUAUAUCCAAUUCUACCUUGAUCUCGUCGCAACGGCGGACAACAUCCCUCUCUUAUUCCACAUCGCCCAAAAAGGGAAGACCGUCCGCGAUCCAGAGUCGCAUGCUCGCAGCGAGAACUUUUAUGUGUUGUGUGAAAUGGCGCAGUUCUUGGUCAAGGCCAGAGCUAACGCAAAUUCAUGGCCAAUGGACAGCAACCCCUACAAAAUCAGGCUUCCGUCUGAUAUUCUGCGAGCCCUGCCUAGUGUAGAAGCCACCAACCAGAUUCUCAAAACGACCUACCUGCCUGCGGAAGCGACUAGGUGGAUGUCCGAACGGUUUAAGCUCGGAGGAGCAAAGGAAAAGAAGGAGAAGAAGGAAAAAGUGCCCGCAAAACGCAAAGCUCCGCCGACAAAGUCGAAUGGACACUCAAAACGUUCAAAGAAGAGACGAUCUGACGAGGAUGAAGAUGACGAAGAGGAUGAUGGUGGCGAAGAGUCUGCAGCUGACAGUGAUGUGGAGAUGGCGAAUGGCACCACUCCAACCCGGGCAGGCCGGGCUCGAAAGAGCGAUGCAUCGGAGGAUACUAGGCAGCAGACAAGGGCUGAACGACUCAGUGCCCGUAUACAGGCCAAGGAGAGACUCUCAACCAAAGGCAAAAAGGCUGGAAGCCCCUCCGAAGAUGAAGAUGGAUGA